AUGGAGGCCAGCAUGCCGAAGCGGAAGGAGCCGGGCAAGUCCCUGCGCAUCAAAGUCAUCUCCAUGGGCAACGCAGAAGUGGGGAAAAGCUGUAUUAUAAAACGCUAUUGUGAGAAGAGAUUUGUGGCCAAAUAUCUAGCAACAAUAGGAAUUGACUAUGGAGUCACAAAAGUAUACAUCAAAGACAGAGAAAUCAAAGUUAACAUCUUUGAUAUGGCUGGACAUCCAUUCUUCUAUGAGGUUCGAAAUGAGUUUUACAAGGACACACAGGGUGUCAUCCUAGUUUAUGAUGUUAGCCAGAAGGACUCUUUUGAGGCUCUUGAUGGCUGGCUGGCAGAAAUGAAGCAAGAGCUUGGACCUCAUGGAAGCAUGGAAAAUAUUAUAUUUACAGUCUGUGCCAAUAAGAUUGAUUGUAGCAAGCAUCGCUGCAUAGAUGAAAGUGAAGGACGCCUUUGGGCUGAAAGCAGAGGAUUCCUUUAUUUUGAGACUUCAGCACAAACUGGUGAAGGUAUCAAUGAAAUGUUCCAGAUGUUUUAUUCUGCCAUAGUUGAUUUUUGUGAAAAUGGUGGGAAACGUCCUUUAACAAACAUCAGCAUAAGUUUCACCAAAGAACAAGCUGAUAACAUUCGCAGGAUUCGAAACAGCAAAGACAGCUGGGAUAUGUUGGGAGUCAAACCUGGAGCCACAAGGGAUGAGAUAAACAAAGCAUAUCGGAAACUUGCUGUACUACUUCACCCUGACAAGUGUAUGGCUCCAGGCAGUGAAGAUGCCUUCAAGGCAGUUGUGAACGCCCGGACAGCCCUCUUGAAAAACAUCAAAUAACCCAAAAUGCAGCCGGAAAUAGACAAGUACUUGGUUCCAUUAGA